CAUUAUCUCUCCUGAUCUCUAAGAGAACUAUCUUCUCUUUCUUCACAGAAUAGAGCAAGAAGAAAGAGUUCAGAUACAGAGAGAAGAAUAAGAAAGAUACUGUGGUGAAAGAUGGGGAGGGGUAAGAUUGAGAUUAAGAGGAUUGAAAACUCAAGCAACAGGCAGGUGACCUAUUCUAAGAGAAAGAAUGGGAUCAUCAAGAAGGCUAAGGAAAUCACUGUUCUUUGUGAUGCUAAGGUUUCUCUUAUUAUCAUUGCUAGCUCUGGAAAAAUGGUUGAAUACUGCAGCGGCCCUCAGGAAACGCGGAUGAAAAUCUUGGACAAAUACCACUCACAGUCUGGAAAGAGGUUAUGGGAUGCCAAGCAUGAGAACCUCUGCAAUGAAGUGGAUAGAGUCAAGAAAGACAAUGAUGGCAUGCAAAUUGAGCUUCGGCAUUUGAAGGGGGAAGACAUAACAUCUCUGAACCAUGUGGACCUGAUGGCCUUAGAGGAAGCAAUUGAAAAUGGCCUUGCAAGUAUCAGAGACAGAAUGUCGAAGUACAUGGACGCGGUUAGAGAAAAUAAUAGAGCUCUGGAGGACGAGAAUAAGCGCCUCGCAUACCAGAUGGUAAGUUCACAAAAUGAUGAAAUAUGAAGAGAAUUUGAGGGACAUGAACUACAACAACAACAACCAGAUACCUUUUGCCUUACGUGUCCAGCCUAAUCAGCCAAAUCUCCACGACAGAAUGUAAUAUUGAUGCAUAUACAUCUCUCUGUUGGUAUUAAUGUGAGCUCGAUCUCUCGUCCUUCUGGCCAGAAAUUAAUUGAUGCUUCCAUGGUUUGUAAUAUUAUAGUACUUAAUAAGUCUGCUUAUGACUAACCAAUAAUAUUUGUGGAACUUGUAAUAACUAAUAAGGUGUGCCUGAACGGAUUCAUGGACAUCUUAAUGACUGUUAUUUGUGCAAGUGUGUAAUAAUACGUACUGAAGCCAUUAAUUCA